UUCAAUAAAUUGCAAUCAAAAUAAUAAUCAGGUGUACUUUAGCCACUGUUUGGUACCCCGGUAAUUGUUUUUUUAGGGUUUAUUUUAGGUAAUAAACCCUCUGAAACAUUAAAUAACACUUUUCGUCCCUUCGGGACUUCACCAAUCCCCGAUGACGUAACCACCUGACAGCUAACCUCACAAAAUCAUAACAAAAAAGCGAUGAUUUUACGAAAAGUGAGCCAAAUUCGGCCCCUAGUUAUCCGUUUUUGGCUUCCGGUGUCUCGGGGCUGUCACACAGUGGCCCCCCAACUCGAUCUCACCUACUUGUGUGACCCCCAAAAUAUAGGCGAAAUUUCGAAAAACAUCACUAAUCGGAAAGGUAUCGGUAACAUAGAGCGUGUCCAUGUCUUGAAGAAGCAACUCCAGGAGUUGGACCCGAAUGACAAGCUUUACAACGCGACGAAAAGUGAAUUUGAGACUGAAGUGUUAAGAAUCCCCAAUCGGACGCACCCUCAGGUGGCUGGUUAUGGUGAUAGCCCCAAAACGGUGGAAAUCGUGGGGACGAAGCCCCCCGAUUCCUCCCAUCUCGACUUCCAGGAGAUUUGUAAGAAGUUAAGGCUGCUUCGUACCGACCAAAUUGGUAACUUUUGCGGGAGCAAAAGUUACUACUUUCUGGGGGAAUUGGCAGAAUUGGAGCACGCUCUUGUUCGUUACGUCACCUCGAAACUGCUAUUCAACAAAUUUGAGUUGGUAUCAGUGCCUGAUAUACUCCCAAGAGGCACAAUCGAGGGCUGUGGCAUGAACACCAAAGGGGCCCGCACUCAGGUCUACGCCCUCGAUAGCACCCUCCACGGCCCCGAUUGGUGCCUUUCAGGCACUUCGGAAAUGGCAUUGGCCGGUUACCUCUCAAAUAAAACCCUAAAUAGUGACAUUCUUCCAUUGAAGUUGGCAGCAGUGAGUCGUUGCUAUCGCGCUGAAACAUCGAACCUGCUUGAAGAACGGGGGAUUUACCGCGUUCAUGAAUUCACUAAAGUUGAAAUGUUCGUUGUAACGCAACCCCAAAACUCGGAACAAGCCUUAGAAGAUAUUCUGAAGUUAGAAAUGGACAUUUUCGAGUCUUUGGGGCUACAUUUCCAAGUCCUGGAUAUGCCCCCGCAUGAAUUGGGGGCGCAGGCUUAUCGCAAGUACGAUAUUGAGGCGUGGAUGCCUGGAAGGGGGCUGUAUGGGGAGAUUUCGAGUUGUAGUAAUUGUCUGGAUUAUCAGGCAAGGAGGCUGGGGAUACGCACCCAUGAUGGGUUUGUUCAUACGUUGAAUGGGACAGCGUGUGCGGUUCCAAGGCUGCUGAUCGCGUUAGUGGAGAUGGGACAGAGGAAAAAUGGGACAGUGGGGCUGCCGGAGGUGCUCUGGCCCUACAUGGGGGGCAAGCAGCUUAUUGGGAAGCAAAAAAGUGUUCCCGACUUGAGGUUAAUAAAAACUAAAAAAGUUUAAUGAUUGUUUUAUUUG